AUGGCGGAAGUCGACCCCUUUGAUUCGGCCCUGGACCUGCUCCGGCGCCUCAACCCCAAGCACACAUCCGACCACCUUAACGCCAUCAUCUCGCUCGCGCCGGACCUGACCGAGGACCUGCUCUCGUCGGUCGAUCAGCCGCUGACGGUCAAGCGCUGCAGGCAGACGGGCCGCGACUACCUCCUCUGCGACUACAACCGCGACGGCGACAGCUACCGCUCGCCGUGGUCCAACCAGUUCGACCCGCCGCUGGACGAGGCCGGCGGCGGCGGCGGCGGCGGCGCGGGCGGCGUCGGCGCGGGCGGGAGCGAGGGAGCGGGCGAAGGGGCGAUUCCGAGCGAGCGCGUGCGCAAGAUGGAGAUUCGGGCCAACGAGGCGUUUGACGUGUACCGCGAGCUGUACUACGAGGGCGGCGUGAGCAGCGUGUACUUCUGGAACCUGGACGAUGGCUUUGCCGGCGUUGUCCUUCUCAAAAAGUCCUCACCGCCCGGCGGCUCCUCGGACGGAGUCUGGGACUCGAUCCACGUCUUCGAGGCGAUUGAGCGCGGCCGCACCACGCACUACAAGCUCACCUCGACCGUCAUCCUCUCCCUCGCCACGGCCUCGUCCUCGGCGCCCACGGCCUCCGCCCUCGGCGACCUCGACCUCUCGGGCAACAUGACGCGCCAGGUCGAGCAGGACCUGCCCGUCGACACGGACGAGAGCCACAUUGCCAACGUCGGCAAGCUCGUCGAGGACAUGGAGCUCAAGAUGCGCAACCUGCUGCAGGAGGUUUACUUUGGCAAGGCAAAGGAUGUGGUCGGCGACCUGCGCAGCGCCGGCAGCCUGAGCGACGGCGCGCGGGACCGCGAGACGCAGCGCGAGAUCAUCGGCAGCAUGCGCAGAUGA